CCGUCUCAUAACAACAGCUGGCAGCAGAAAGGGAGAGAUAGCAAAGAGCAAGCGGAGCAGGAACACUCAUCUGCUGCUUGGCCGUGUACAGUGUAGACAUCACUGCUGCUUUCUGUCGGAAAUUACACGAGCGACUCCUCCGACUUUGACACGACUCACGGCGCAUGCUCAGACUACCUGACAGUGCAGCAGUUUGAUUCAGGAACUGAGAGAUUUUAAAAAGCUUUUAAACAUGACAACUUCAUGGAGUGACAGACUGCAGAACUAUGCAGAUUUGCCUGCCAACAUGGACGGCCUGUCCAUGAAGAAAUACAGAAGAGAGGCGUACCACAGAGUGUUUGUCAACAGAAGCUUGGCGAUGGAGAAGAUUAAGUGCUUUGGCUUCGAUAUGGAUUACACUCUAGCAGUGUACAAGUCACCAGAAUACGAGUCACUUGGUUUUGAGCUCACAGUGGAGCGGCUGGUUUACAUCGGUUACCCCCAGGAACUACUGAGCUUUGUAUACGACCCAUCCUUUCCCACCAGGGGCCUUGUCUUUGAUACCAUGUAUGGAAACCUGUUGAAGGUUGACGCCUAUGGCAACAUCCUGGUGUGUGUCCAUGGGUUCAACUUCCUUCGAGGCCCUGAGAUACGUGAACGGUAUCCAAACAAGUUCAUUCAGAGAGAUGACACAGAGCGCUUUUAUAUCCUUAACACACUCUUCAACCUGCCAGAGACCUACCUCUUUGCCUGCCUGGUGGACUUUUUCUCCAACUGUGAUAGAUACACAAGCUGUGAAACUGGCUUCAAAAACGGCGACCUCUUCAUGUCCUAUAAAAGCAUGUUCCAGGACAUCCGCGACGCCGUCGACUGGGUCCACUUCAAGGGUACUUUGAAGGAGAAGACCGUCGAGAACCUGGAGAAGUAUGUAGUGAGAGAUGGGAAGCUGCCUCUUCUCCUCAGCCGAAUGAAUGAAGUCGCCAAGGUUUUCUUGGCAACCAACAGCGACUACAAAUACACUGACAAAAUCAUGACCUACCUGUUUGACUUCCCCCAUGGCCCAAAGCCUGGGACCUCACACCGACCCUGGAAAUCCUACUUUGAUCUGAUUCUGGUGGACGCCAGGAAGCCGCUGUUCUUCGGAGAGGGGACGGUGCUCAGACAGGUCGACACGACAACAGGACGUUUGAAGAUAGGAACCUACACUGGACCUCUGCAGCAUGGUAUCGUCUACUCUGGAGGUUCCUCAGAUAUCGUGUGUGACCUGCUGGGCGCCAAGGGGAAGGACAUAGUCUACAUCGGGGACCACAUCUUUGGAGACAUCCUCAAGUCUAAGAAGCGUCAGGGCUGGAGGACGUUCCUGGUCAUACCUGAGCUGGCCCAGGAGCUCCAUGUGUGGACCGACAAGAGCUCGUUAUUCGAGGAGCUGCAAGGCCUGGACAUUUUCCUUGCAGAACUCUACAAACAUUUGGACAGCAGCAGCAAUGAGAGGCCGGACAUCAGCACUAUUCAGAGAAGAGUCAAGAAAGUGACUCAUGACAUGGACAUGUGCUAUGGCAUGAUGGGAAGUCUUUUCCGCAGCGGCUCCAGACAGACUUUGUUCGCCUCUCAAGUAAUGCGUUACGCAGACUUGUACGCAGCGUCCUUCAUCAACCUGCUGUACUACCCCUUCAGCUACCUCUUCAGAGCCGCACACGUACUGAUGCCCCACGAGUCGACAGUGGAGCACGCCCACGUGGACAUCGACAUCGAGUCACCACUGGCCACACGCAACCGCUCCCAAUGCAGCAACUGUAAAGACCUGGACUGCAAACGCAACCAGCUGACCCGCUCCUUCAGCGAGAUAAAACCUCCAAACCUGUUCCCCCAGACUCCACAGGAGAUCACUCACUGCCACGAUGAGGAUGAUGAUGAGGAGGAGGAGGAGGAGGAGGAGGAGGAGGAGGAGGAGGAGGAAGAGGAAGAGGAGGAAGAAGAGGAGGAGGAGUAGGUGUUAAAACUGACUAACAAAGGAAAGCCACGCUCCUGUUCCUGCCUUCCCAGUAGAGUCGGGUAGUUAUCUCUCUUAUAGUGCGGCAAGGAGGAACAUCAUUUCCAAUGUGUGUCUGUGUGUGUUUGUGUAUAAAUGUCCAAACUGUGUGCACACAUGCACAUAAACACAAAGACACACACACACACACACACUGAAGAUGCUGGAGGAAAGUAAAAAGGACCAGUGAGACAGAUCAUAUGACUGUCAGAGGACUGUUUGCAUGCUUGUUCCUCUUAAACCCAAAUUCUCCAUGCUUCAUUGAUUUUUAAUUUCUUUUCUGUAUUAUUUCCCCGCGUCAGGCAGACAGAUAUCACAUAUCUUGUGUUUCAUCAGCUGACUUCUAAGAUCUGCUGGUGGGAUGAAUAGAUGUAUUUAUAAUUUACUCCUGAAUCCAUCAGACAUAGUCAGUAAGUUAAAUCCUAACAGACGAGCCCUGCAGACACAGUAUGCACAUUAUAAUCAAAGGAGAACGCUCUGCAGUUAUGGAUUUGAAAAAAAAAAAAAAAGAUGCACACGCCGUUAAAACAGACCUUUUUUUAUAUGCAACAUGGGAACAACAUUUAGUUUGUCAUCUGCUCAGUUUGAUUUUGUGUUUUUUCUUGUUAUCUUAGAGGAUUACUUGUAAAUGGGGGUGUGUGUGUUUCUGUGUGUGUACUCACUCAGACUGCAGCAUCCGAGCCGACAGUAAGCUAAGGAUCCAUUGUACUAAAGUGAAGCACAGGAGCACUGAAGCACAAGCCGGCGUUAAACCGAUGAAUAACCGGAUGCAUCCUUUGUAUCAAGACUCGUGUGCGAGAACACAACACAACAGUGGGUGUCUGUUGAAGUGAUUGUUACCAGGCAACUGUGCAUAGCAAUCAGGUGAACGGUUUAACGCCACCAGCAGCCAACAUGCAGUAUUUUCUCCACUUGGUUAUGUAGGAAGAAGAAACUUGAAUGAUGCAUCCGACCGUGUCAGAAGGCUUUUAUUUUGAUAAGGGAAAUGUACAGUAGAAGAUAUUGUGAGCUUGAAUGUGGCCUCAGGAUGUAAGGCAAUGAGGCUUUAGAGAAUGCACAGUUUCAAGCUAAUUUCUGUAGUUCUACUUCAAACUGUGAUUAGCUUGAUUUCUUUAUUUCCGUGGAUUGGGCCUUUCUGUGUGUGUGUGUGAGUGUGUUUUGUACUGCCAACCUUUAAUUCGGCAUCAUAUUCAUGAGGAAAUGUGCCAGCAGAGAGAGUGAAGCUUGAGUGUGCACAGUAUUCUUCUGUUGGGCUUUGAACACUGUGAAGCAACCGUUUCAUGAUAGAGAUGAUUCUGUGUCACUAGUUCAAAACUGUAUUUAAAAAAAGAAACCCUCGUAGUUUAAGCACUUCACUUUGCACAUGUUUAAGACUUUGCAAGACAACGAAUGAGAAGCUUCAAGCCCCCUGAAAGAACGUCCUUAAAACAUUUCAUGUUUCUAACGACAGAAGAUAAAUGUCUUUAUCACUCACAGAAAGCUGCAUCAUUAGGGCAGUGAUGCUUGUGAUUUUAGUUCUUUUUUUAAAAACAGUCUCCAUCCAGUUUUAAUUCAAUUUGAAACAGAAAAAAAAGAGGAAAACACUGAUGUUUGAAAUUAAAAAGAUCAAAAUGCUGUAUGCAAAAAAAAAAAAACUUCUAACAGGGUAAAGUGCAAGGGGAAGAGUUUUAGGAAUGAUUCCUGACAUGUGAGGAAUUUUAUUUCCCCUGAAGACACCAACGAACAGAAAGAUUCUCUGCAGAAUAUGUUUUGUCCCGUUGUGUCUUCUAGAAAGAAGUGGGGAAAAGUACCCUAAAUUUGGAUUGAAAAAUGGCAAUUGACAAACGAUUCCCGCUUUUAUUUAAAACAAGGAAAUGUAAGUGUGACAUAUAUUGAAACAGAACUCUGCCUAUGUCGAAUUAGUGACACAAGUGCAGAGUUAAGAACCUUGGUUGUGGUUUAAAAUACUUUCUUUUUCAUAUGUUUUCGACCUUAUCGCCCCCCCCCCCCCCAUAGUCUGAAGCUGCUAUCAGGCUCUGAACUCAUUUAACAGGAGUGAUCACAGAGUUAUUACAAAAGACCAAGAUACAUUAUACACAUUCUGAGUUUAUCUUUUUUUCUCCUUUAUUUUUUUUUAAACAUUCAGUGUAUCCUGUAUGUUAACCCCCCCCCCCCCCUUUAUAUAUAAUAUAUUUCAUGUCCUCCUGUCAGUGUUGGCGUGGCCCAUUGAUUUGCGGCCACAAAAGGGAAGGAUCUCACCGUCUACGUUCUGCAUUAUUAUUGAGUUUGGUUUGAAGUGGUUUGAGAAGGUGAAAGUGUUGAACCGCUCUUUUCUCUGCUCAUUCAUUGGAUAAACCCUCGUGACACUUUUAGGAACUUAUAACAGCAUUUUGUCAUCAUUUAUUCUUUAUCGCUAAUCUUACAAAUGAACUAUUUGUAUUCUGAGUUUUUGUUAUUUGGUUUCUUAAACAUAGAGUAACUGGAUAUGCUACAUACGGCAGCUGCAUUGGUAAUAGGAAGUCGCCUACUGUCUUUUUCUUAGCAUUAUUUGCGUAUGCAUGUGAAAAUAACAAGCAUAUCCAUUCUACAGAGGUGGUAAAGGUAGCAUUUGUUUUUUUGCAUUUUAUGGUUUAGUUUUUCUUUGUGAUUUGUCAUCGUAGUUUACAGGGACACAAGACUUCAAACCUGUCAAAAAAAGAAACUCUUACAACGAAGGGAAGUGUGAACAGCAUAUUACGUAACAAAUGAGUCACCUGUUAUCAUCACCAUGGGUUUAUUUUUAUUUUUCUAAGCUAAUGUUUUUAAAAGGUCCUGGUUUACAGAACUGUAAAUAGACAUUUCCAUUUUCCUUUUCCUUUCCAAAUAACUGUUUUGUUAACUUUUAUACUCUACCAUUUAAAGAAAAAGGCUUGUUCGCUCUUUGAACAAACUGAAGCCUGGACUAACCGGUUUAAGAAUUUGAAGAGGAUUUGUGUCUGUGGCUGUGAUGCCCACAGUGCAUCCACAUUAAGGUGCCAAAACGUCACCUUUCAGUUCUCUUUAGUUUUGAUGCAUUUUGAAUACACGUUCUCCUGAACAGUGGUUUUUGUUUGUUUGUUUCCAGACAUUCUCCAACACACUGUACAUUGAUACAUAUGUAGAAUAAAGAUAGUUUUUCAUAA